GGAGGAGGAGGAGGAGGAGGAGGAGGAGGAGGUGGAGAGAGGAGUCAGGGAAGCUCCAUGAAACUGUUUUCUGAGUUAUGAGGUUCAGGGCUCUCACACUUCCAGUUUUGUUACUUCAGCUGGACUGCCUGUCAUUAUAUUAGUCCUUCUUGGCUGACCUAGAACUAAACUCUCACGUACAAUGUCUUCUCUUAGAGAAUUGCUGCAGUGUUCCAGAGAGAAUACAAAACCAAAUCGCCCCCACCCAUUCUCUUUCGAUUGCACGUGUAUCAUAUUCCUUUAAAAAAAGAAAAGAAAACUUAAUAAAAAGAGUUUAGGCUUAUCCCAGGAGGCCCUGUGCAGUCUCAGUCUGGCUCAUUUAAUCAGAAAUGUCUAAAAUCUGGCUUGGGGAGAUCGUUUAACUGGUAACGGAUUUGCUAAGAGGACUUGGGUCCAGGUCCUAAGGGCCUUACAGAAAGCUGGACAUGGUGGUACACACCUAUAAUCCCUAAGGAGGAAAAUGGACACCAGAGGAGCCCCUGGGUUUCCUAGCCAGCUUGUCUAGGUGGUUGGUCUGCUGCUCUAGGCGAGAGAGUUUGAGAUCACUGAUGACAAUCUCUGGACUCAAUGUGCACUAACCCUCCCCUCCCCUGCACAUGUGCACAUGGAUGUGAACACCUCCCUUCCCAGCCAGAAGUGACUAAGAAUUAGAGGCUGGUAUUGCUUGGCUACUGGUUUUAUUGUUGUUGUUAUUGUUGAUUUACUGUUUUAACAAGAUACCUUAGUUCUACACUGUUUUUAAACAAUGGGCCUACUUGUCUUUCCAAGGGGCAUCAUUGGUUUUUCUUUAUUUAAUGUGCUUAGUAAAAGACUAUUGGCACUUAGUAAAUAUUUUAUGAGUUAUUAGUCAAGGUGAGGACAGAGAGCAAAUGCUUAUCUUUCUUUUCUUGCAAUUUUAACACAUAAAACUUUCAUGGUCCCAGAAAGUAUUCAAAAAAGGAUUUAAAUCUAAGGCUUCUCAACGUCAAAAUCAGUGACUUUUUUUUUUCCAAAUAACUCUUUAUCCGUGGGCCGCUGUUCUGCGUGUUAUGGGACGGCUUACAGGGUCUCUGCUCCCUACUCUAUCCAGUGACAGUGAGUAUUCCUACCUGGGGCCAUCAAAAAUGUCUCUCGCUAUUGCUAAACGUCUCCUGGGAGCACAAUUGCGUGAGUUAGCAAUCAUCAAUUUAAACCAGUAAGAACAGAUAGGACAGUUGAUCUCUGCCAAAAGGCCGAGGAGUGAUUUGGAGUCCCAGUGAGGGUCUGGCAUUGACAGUGUAGCAGAAGCCAGAGGCCUCAAACCAAACCAGAGAGCCCUUGCAAUGAACAUCCGGCAAGUAAAGAGAAGUGGACAAGAGGAUAUUCGGUGGGACGAGCUGUGACACACUAGAGUUUCCAUAAUAAGAUGCUUUGCUUAUUUUUUAAUUUUUUGUUUGCUAUUUUUGUAGUCUUGGGUUGCAAGGACAGAGGAUGGAUAUCAAGAGGUGGGGAGGUUGGUGGGAUUGGGGUACAUGAUGAAUUCUGGAGUCUCUCCUCACCUCUUCCUGUAGCCAUACGUUUCCCUACAAUGGAUGGGCACGUCAGCUGCCAAGUGGGUUUGUAGAAUCUCCUUCCUUGGAGGUCUUUAAAAAUAGAACAAAAACCCAUCUGUCCACAAUGGUUUGGAUGCGGUCUUGCUGAUUAGAAGGAAUAGACGAGGGUUUUUUUUCUUUUUCUCUUCUGUCAAGGUUCAUUUCUGUCUUGAGUGCUCGUAAGUGAAUGAGUUUGCUUUUUGGUGUAGAGGGAGUCAUGGAGUAAAGUAUCGCUGUAUGAAUUUAUGAGCUAUCACUGCACACAUCCUUCUUAAACACCAUGGCCCUCUACUGCUUUUAAUGCCCCUGAAGCACUCACUGUAUCUGGAGCCACACCAUUGUCUGAGGUAGAUGGGAGUACUCCCAUGUUGGGGUGCAAGAAGUCCUCCCUUACCCAUCUAUUUACUUAUUUUCUCUCUGUGUAUGUGUGCAGCAAGGAGUCCUCCCCUGCCCAUCCACUUACUUAUUUUCUCUCUGUGUAUGUGUGCAGGUUCAGGCAUGAAAAGGCCGGGUGGUGGCUUGAUUAUCUUCUUCAGCUCUGUGAGCUCUGGGGUCAAAGUGAGGGCACCGCACUUGGUGAUAACCUUCACUCAUGGACGCAUCUUGGUGAAUGGCUCAGGGGGUCUUGGAAUACUUGACUCAAGUCUCCCCUUCCUCUUGUGAAGGGAGAAGAAGACUGCAGGAUUCUGGCCUUCUGAUUCAUGACCUUUUUCUCCUGACCCUGUGGCUUCUGUCUCUUACUGUGUCUAGACAUUUGAUUUGUAGCCAUGCAUUUUUUAUAACAAUUUUUGGAACCUCCUUAGGGCGUUUGACCCACUUUAUUUCGGGGUAAGAUAGAGCUUUUAACUAAGUUGUAGUCAGAUUUUAUUCCAGUCUCACUGCCCCCCUCCCCGCGCCAUGUUCAUGUACAUUUUUGUGUAGUCAUGCAUAUUUACAUGUGUUGUGUUUAUAUAUGUUUGUAUGAAUAUUAAAAUGUAAGUUCAUGUAUGUCUAAGCUGUGUGUACCUAUGCUUGCCCAUGCACACAUGUCUGGGUAUAUGCUGGUAUAUGCUUGCAUGUGUACCUGUGUGCUUUGUAUGUAUGCUUUGGUGUGCACAUAUAGGUACAGUCCCAUGUAUUCACAUAUUGGUCAGAGUAUAUCUGGAAGUUGAAUAGCCUUGCCUUGGGGGAAGUAUCAGGUCUCUACAAAAUUGUACCAGUAGUUCAAGGCCUAGUGAUUCCACAGCACGAGCUCUGUGUGACUGAAGCCUGUGCAGGACAGACUCUAAAGCAGGUGGGGUGUGGGGAAGAAAUAUGUCUGUCUCGUUCUUUUCCUGCCUCUGUGGGACGGGUUUCCAAAAGGUAAAGAAGCUGGAAUAGUAUUUAGAGAGUCUCCUGGGACAUGGGAUAAGGUAGACAUGGAAAUGGGGAGCUGAACUGUAGGCAAAUAGAGAAUUAGUGUGUGUGAGUGUGUGUGUGUGUGAGUGUGUGUGUGUAUGAGUGUGUGUAUGUGUGUGUGUGAGUGUGUGUAUGAGUGUGUGUGUGAAUAUAUGAGUGUGUGUGUAUGUGUGUGUGUGUGAGUGUGUGUGUGUGAAUAUAUGAGUGUGUGUAUGUGUGUGUGUGAGUGUGUGUGUGUGAAUAUAUGAGUGUGUGUGUAUGUGUGUGUGAGUGGGUGUAUGAGUGUGUGUGUGUGUGUGAAUAUGAGUGUGUGUGUAUGUGUGUGUGAGUGUAUGUGAGUGUGUAUGUGUGUGUAUGUGUGUGUGAGUGUGUGUGUGUCAAGUUUUUAUCAUUUUCCUAAAUUUAACUUAGACCAGAAAAAAAUUCACUUGGAAAAGAAUUUCUCUGAAUUUUCUUACCAAUUCAAUGAAUUCAGCUUCCUGUAUUACAAAAAGGUAUCCACCUUCUCCGUGAUCAUCUCAGAAUGUUUACAGACAAAGAUAAAAAUGUAGCUUGCUGGCCAUGGCCGCGUGUCUAGAAUCCAAGGACUCAGCAAGAUUGCUAGUUUGGGGAUUAGCCUUGGCUCCACAAGCGAAGCCCCGUCUCAAAUAAGUCUUCCCACCCCUUAGAUUAGGAACCAUUGCUAAGAAGAUGGCAUUCCUUUGGCACACAACAGUGAACAGGAUAUUCAGGUAAUUUUUCAAAGGGAAUAUGAAAUAUUUUGAAAAAUCCCCUCCAGGGCUGCAGACGCUGAGCGCAGGACCCUGGAUGCUGGGAAGCACUGUUUCCGUGUGCCCAUGCUGCUUGCCUUGGUUAGUUUUAAAUGUGGCCUCAUUGUUAUUUUACUUGUGGGUGUUAUGUAUACUGUUCAGUCUGUAAAGUGUUUACACGAUUUCCAGAACCGAAACUCUACCAUCUUUUGCCUUUAUUUUUUUGUUCCUGGUCUGCUCCCUUCUUGGAAAUAUUUCUUUUUUAUUGGCUUUGGGUCGUCUUCUGUUUCCAACGUUUGAUGUGUGGGACUGUGUGUUUCUGUAGUGUGUGUCAUCCUUGUGCUGUGUGGCUGGAGGAGGACGCUGCCUACUGCAGUUGCCUCCCCCACUUCCCUGCAGAUCCUAGAGAGAACUCCCCAGGCAUGUGGCCGUCUGCCUUGCACCUCUGACAGCUCCAGUAUGUGGCUGGGCUGCAGUUUUUCCAACCAGUCCCUUGCUGAUGGGCAUUUGGGCCAUUUCCAGUCCUUUGCUAUUACUCGUGUUGCAAUGAGUAAUAGUGUGCAUUUAUCACUCCAUGUUUUUACCAGUGUGAUACCCUGGGGGGUUGAUUUUUAUGAGAGAGACUGAUGGGUUAAAAAGUAAAUGCAUAUGCAAUUUUGGUAGAUAGUGCCAGACUCCCCCCCUCCUCUGGGGUGAGCCAUUUGUACUCCCAACAGUAAUGUAUGACAGGGCCUGUUCCUCUGCAGUCUCACCAACAUAGUUUUGGAAUGUCUGCCGUUUUAAAAGGUGCAAAAUGGGACCUGAUGCUUCAGUUCUCAUUGUUCUCAUGAUUGAAAAGGUCGAAUCGCCUCGUGUGUGUGUGUGUGUGUGUGUGUGUGUGUGUGUGUGUGUGUAAAAUAUGUUCCCACAGACUCUUCAGGUUUUUUCAACAUCAAGAUGAUGUUAGGUUUUUCCCCUCUGGCUUUGAGCUGCAGAUAUUUUCUCACUCCCAAGCUAUAAAGGACCACCCCACCCCACCCCAUACACACACCAUGUUGUCUUCUUUUCCUUGAAUACAAUUUUCCAGAAUUAUAGGUUAGGGAAUCUGGCUGCCCCUCCUCAGCCUUCAGUGGGCUCACUCGGGCCUGUGUCUGGCUGCCCAUCUAUUCUAUCUGUGGAUGCUUCAAUGUCACACAGUUCUGAUAACAGGGAUGCUGCAUGUGACAAAGGCUUCUUGAACAAAAGGAGCACCGACCCGAUCCCAGCGCUUACAGAAGUGUCAGUUUAAAUAGACAUAGACAUUGUAUGAAAAGGCCAUCUUUAGCCCAUUUUACGGGGAGAAAGGGGACUCAGCGAGGUUGUACACACUGAUCUGAGAUCACCCAGCUAGUUAGCAGUGGAGCCAGAACCCACGUUCUUACUUGGGUUGGCUGAUUUCUAAAGAUGCCAUGAUUUUCUCAGAAAACAACAGCAACCAGGCUCCCAGCAAGGGCCAGACUGUAUCAUUCCUCUUGCUAAGAAAUAUUUUGUUAGUUUUGACUGCUUAGGAUAAUAUACAAUUUAACUUAUUUUAAAUGAUAACAAAAUGUGACUUUUAGAACUAAGUCUUGAAACUUUUGAAUGGGGCCAUAGAGGAAAGCCAGAGUCCUGUGAUUUAUCCAAGAAAUAUAUUGCUUUUGUUUCUUAUCUCCAGAAUUUCCCCUUUUCUUUGCUCGCCUCUUGCCUUCUCUCCCCUGUCUCCUUUCCUACCUGCUCCCCUUUUGAAAUAGAUCUGGUAACCCAGACUGGCCUUGAACUCUCAAUUUUCCUACCUCAGCCAGGACAGUUCUUGAAUGCUUGGGUUAUUGGAAUGGCAACACAAGAGCUCUGGAUUUUUUCCAUGGAUGAUCUGUUGCUUUGUUAUGAUCGUGUUAAAUGGGAACAAUAAUAUUUCUUAAGCGUGUACUUAGCACUGCUUUGAGCACAUGUCAAGUAUAUUAUUUUAAUGCUACCAAGCCCAUCUGUAGAUUGUGUCUGUGUAGCAAUGCUCUCAGAGAAGAAUGCUUGACUUUGAGAAGUUCAAUAACUCACCCAACCCUACAGAGUGAAUAGAUGAUGGUGUUCAAAUUCUAACUCCUGUGUUCACACCAGCAUCGGUUUUGACCACAGUGCUGUGUCCUGCGUAUAUUACUUUGGAUCCUGUUACCAUAUCAGUAUUUUUUUUAAAUAUUUUUGUUUGUUUGUUUGUUUGUUUUUUCUUUUUUCUUUUUUUCGGAGCUGGGGACCGAACCCAGGGCCUUGUGCUUGCUAGGCAAGCGCUCUACUGCUGAGCUAAAUCCCCAACCCCUAAUAUUAUUUAUUUUUAAUGAGUACAUUGUAGCUGUCUUCAGACACACCAGAAGGGGGCAUCAGAUCCCAUUACAGAUGGUUGUGAGACACUGAGUUGUUGCUGGGAAUUGAACUCAGGAUCUCUGGAAGAGCGCAGUCAGAGCUCGUAACCACUGAGCCAUCUCUCCAGCCCAUCAUGCCAGUAUUUUAAUAGACUUUUCCAAUCUUACUUCUUUAUCAUGUUAAAUUUGACUCACAAUGUUGCCUUUCUUUUUAGCAUACUUAUUUCAUUGGAUUUUAUGAAGCUGUGUGCAUCAGCCCUCAGAUAUUAAGGAAAAGAAAUUAGAUAGUUUGGGGGAAGCUAGUGUAAGAGAGAGAAACAGAUAUAAAUUUUAUAUCAAAUUUGCAUGCUUCCUCCAUUUCCCAUCAAGUGUUUCUCAGCUCCACCCUGUCCUAGAUUCCAUAUUACCAUGGAGAUGACUGAUAUGUAGUAGCAAGCGGCAGAUGCGUGACAUCAGCAGGCAUGUGAGGAAGUUGUUCCUAUGGAGAAACAGUGCAGAGUACUCUGAGGAAAGAAAUCAAUUGAAUGUGGCAGCUGGUAUGAAAUUCCACUAUUUUAGAGCCCAGUGAAGAACCAUUAAGGACUCACAGCAAGAGAAGAGACACCGCUCAAGUCUCAUGCAGGCCAUUCUCUAUGGAAACGGACAUCACCCACAACAACACAAGCAUUCUCAUCUGAAGUGGCAGCCGAGAGGUUCAUCUUGGACAGCGUUGGCAGGAUUGUUUCCCUAUAUACUUCUGAAGGGUAACGAUGAAGGUGCCUGUAUCCGGGGAUGUGAAAGAGGAAACCGAAGAGGAAAAUGUGGAGGAGGAAGAAAAGCCAGAAGACGAGGUGUUUCUGAAACCUGUCGUUGAAGACCUAAGCAUGGAGCUGGCCAGAAAGUGCACCGAGCUCAUUAGUGACAUCCAUUAUAAAGAAGACUAUAGAAAGUCUAAGGACAAGUGUACGUCUGUGACUGAUACCCCUACGCUAAACCAUGUGAAAAAUAUUAGUGCUUUUAUUUCUGAGACAAAAUACAAAGGUACCAUUAAAGCUGAUCUUUCUAACUGUCUGUAUAAGGACAUGCCUGCUACCAUUGACAGUGUCUUUGCAAGAGAAGUGUCCCAGCUUCAGAGUGAGGUUGCCUAUAAGCAGAAGCAUGAGGCGGAGAAAGGCCUCUCCGAUUAUGCCCACAUGAAGGAACCACCGGAGGUCAGACACGCCAUGGAGGUCAACAGGCACCAGAGUAACAUUUCUUACAGAAAAGAUGUGCAAGGCACCCACACGUAUACAGCGGAGAUGGACAGACCGGAUAUCAAGAAGGCAACUCAGAUCUCCAAGAUCAUAAGCAAUGCAGAAUACAAGAAAGGACAAGGCAUCGUGAAUAAAGAACCUUCUGUAAUUGGGAGACCAGAUUUUGAACAUGCCGUGGAAGCUUCUAAACUUUCUAGUCAGGUUAAAUAUAAAGAAAAGUUUGAUAAUGAAAUGAAGGGAAAAGGCCACCAUUACAACCCUCUGGGAAGUGCGUCUUUCAGACAACACCAGCUCGCUACUGUCCUGGCAAGCGAUGUGAAGUACAAGAAAGAUGUUCAAACCAUGCACGAGCCAGUUUCAGAUCUCCCAAACUUGUUGUUCUUAGACCAUGCUCUGAAAGCCAGCAGAAUGCUCAGUGGAUGGGAAUAUAAAAAGAAUUUUGAAGAAAACAAAGGAUCGUAUCACUUUGAUGCAGAGGCCCCUGAACACCUACACCAUAGAGGAAAUGCCACCCUCCAGAGUCAGGUAAAAUACAGAGAAGAAUAUGAGAAGAAUAAGGGGAAGACCAUGCUUGACUUUGUUGAGACACCAUCAUAUCAGUCUUCAAAGGAGGCUCAGAAGAUGCAGAGCGAGAAAGUUUACAAAGAAGAUUUUGAGAAGGAGAUUAAAGGAAGAUCCUCACUGGAUUUAGACAAGACUCCUGCAUUUCUACACGUGAAGCACAUCAGCAACCUGAUGAGGGAGAAAGAAUAUAAAAAAGAUUUGGAAAAUGAAAUAAAAGGGAAAGGAAUGGAACUUAGUUCAGAAGUUCUUGAUAUUCAGAGAGCAAAGCGAGCAUCCGAAAUGGCCAGCGAGAAAGAAUACAAAAAGGACCUGGAGUUGGAAAUUAAAGGGAAGGGGAUGCAAAUUGACGCUGAUACCCUUGAAAUACAGCGAGUCAAAAGAGCUGCCAAGAUAGCCAGUGAGAAAGACUAUAAAAGAGAUCUGGAGACAGAAAUUAAAGGGAAAGGAAUGCAGGUCAGCACAGACACGCUGGAUGUUCAGAGAGCUAAGAGGGCAUCUGAGAUGGCCAGCCAGAAGCAAUAUAGGAAAGACUUGGAGAAUGAAAUUAAGGGGAAAGGAAUGCAAGUAAACGUGGAUAUCCCGGACAUGCUUCGAGCCAAGAGGGCGUCUGAAAUCUACAGCCAGAAAAAGUAUAAAGAUGAAGCUGAGAAGAUGCUCUCCAACUAUUCCACUGUGGCAGUCACUCCCGAGAUUCAGAGAAUCAAGACGACACAGCAAAACAUUAGCAAUGUAUCUUAUAAGGAGGAAGUAAGAGCUGGCACAGCCGUAAGGAAUACUCCAGAGAUUGAACGAGUGAAGAAAAACCAGCACAAUAUUAGUUCAGUAAAGAGAAAGGAAGGAAUUAAGCAUGCAACAGCCAUUUCUGAUCCUCUUGAGCUAAAGAGAGUUACAGAAAAACCAGAAGGACUGAUGAAUAGGAGAUAUAAAGAGCCAACCUAUAAGGCCACUCCGGUAACCAUGACCCCAGAGAUAGAGAGAGUGCGGAGGAACCAGGAACAGCUGAGUGCGGUCAAACACAAAGGAGAGCUAAAACAAGCAACUUCCAUUUUGGAUCUGCCAGGGCUGAAGAGAGUGAGAGAAAACCAGAAAACUAUCAGCAAUGUUUAUUAUAAAGGCCAAUUGGGAAGGGCUACAGCUUUGAGCGUAACGCCCGAAAUGGAAAGAGUAAAGAAGAAUCAAGAAAAUAUCAGCUCGGUGAAAUACACUCAGGACCAUAAACAAAUGAAAGGUAGACCAUGUGUGAUCUUAGAUACACCUGCUUUGAGACAUGUAAAAGAAGCACAAAAUCAUGUUUCCAUGGUCAAAUAUCAUGAAGAUUUUGAGAAGACGAAGGGAAGAGGCUUCACUCCUGUUGUGGACGAUCCUGUGACGGAGCGGGUGAGGAAGAACACCCAGGUUGUGAGCGAUGCUGCCUAUAAAGGGGUACAGCCUCAUGUUGUGGAGAUGGAUAGAAGACCUGGGAUCAUUGUUGACCUUAAAGUGUGGCGUACAGAUCCCGGAUCCAUCUUCGACAUUGACCCCCUGGAGGACAAUAUUCAGUCUCGAAGUCUCCAUAUGCUCUCUGAAAAGGCAAGUCAGUACCAGAGCCGCCUGUCUCGCUCACACUCUGGCAGCACUUUUGGUACGGGUCUGGGAGAUGACAAGUCAGAGAUCUCCGAGCUCUACCCUAGCUUUUCCUGUUGCAGUGAGGUAACAAGACCAUCUGAUGAAGGAGCACCCGUCCUUCCUGGAGCUUACCAGCAGAGCCACUCCCAAGGCUACGGGUACAUGCACCAGACCAGCGUGUCGUCCGUGAGGUCAAUGCAGCAUUCAGCAAAUCUAAGGACCUACCGAGCCAUGUACGAUUACAGUGCCCAGGACGAAGAUGAGGUCUCCUUCCGAGAUGGUGACUACAUCGUCAACGUGCAGCCCAUUGAUGACGGCUGGAUGUAUGGCACCGUGCAGAGAACCGGGAGAACGGGCAUGCUCCCAGCGAAUUACAUUGAGUUUGUGAAUUAAUUCUUUCUCCUUGCCCUUUGAGCUUUAUUCUGAUGUAUUCCAAACUCAACCUUUUUAAAGAGAUAGAUGACACUUUUCAAAUAACUUGGCAAUUAUUUUACAACAAUGUAUCCUUACUUUGACAAUUAGACACACAGGUACCAGGAGAAAGGAAUUGACUUUCAGGCUGGAAAUGGCAGCAGCCAUAGUAAUUCCUGUAAACAAAACCAUUAGGUCUGGAGACCUGGUGCUGCUAAUUGUGUUUGUGAUUUCAUUUGAUUGGCUACUCAACCCUUCUGGGAAAUGUAUUUUUGUAGACUUUAAUAGAGAUGUCGAUUGUCCCUUAAAUGUAACAAAUGUAUGAAACUUCUUAGCUGUCACUUGGAACCAUCCACAAGCUAAUUCUCAUAGUCCAGCAACACAGCCAAUAAUUCAAAAACUGUUCAGCCUUUAAAUCAUUGGGUAAUUUUUAAUUCAAGCAAAAGUCGCCUAAUAUAAUAAAUGGAAACAGUGGUAGAACGAGUCUGGUUAAAAUCACAUUGACUGUAGCCUUAGGGAGCCGGCAGGGAGCUUACCCUUUCCCUAGGCUGAGCAGGAACUAGUUAGUUCUCACGUGUUCCAUGGUGUAGCCUGUCUCCAAUUGCCUUCUGUGGAGCAGAGCAUCUGCUCAGGUCCCCAGAAUGUCAGGACCAGGUGACUUCCCAGCUUCUCUGCAAAGGGCAAAGUCCAGUGUCAUCUGUAGCAUUUCCCCAGUAGCCUCUAUCCUGUUGCAUGUCUCGUGGGCUUGAGCUUCUGUAACAUGGCGGCUCCUUGCCCAUCCUUGUUAUGAAAGUCAACUGUAUGGCCGGUCUCUCCCUGCCCCUCUUUCUAGUUGCCCGCUCAUUGGAAAACAUUUUGAAAAGUUGCUUGAGGCUUUCUUGCUGUAUUACACUCUAGUUUCGAAAGACUCAUGCCUUAGGAACUACAUAUAUACUCUAGUCAAUAGGAGUUUUGUGUAUUUACUGGAUAGCUUUCACUCACUUAAUGCCACCGUUGAUUUAAAAGUGGAGUGAAUUGAACAGCAUCCUAUGUAAGAGAACAUGCUCUAUAAAGUGGCUGAAAACUGAAACAAAACAGCGGAAGUUUGCUCCACAAUUAGACAAUCUGGUCUUAUAAUGUGUCAAUAAGUCUUCAGAUGCUGGGGCGGAAAUCUAGCCACCAUAUGUGUUCUUAAACAUAUGUUCCCUUUCCCCACCCCUGUUUUUGUUUUCUAAGUCACCUUCAGGAUUAGAUAAAAAAGUCAUCAGUGAUUUUUUUGGGGUGGUGGGGUGGGGUGGGGAAGGGGAUCCAACAAAUCGUCCACUAAGAAAUGAAUCAGUGUCUUGUUUUGAGUGAGUGUGCAGGACUCAAGAUGUGUCUUAAACUUGUCUGGAAUCUGCAGUUGAGGUCACCUGGAUGUUGACACUUAUCACAACUCUGUUUUUCUCAUGGUGCCUCUUACUUGCAGCUGGGUGGCAUUCAUGUGGGCUCUGAAACUGAAGGGAGCCAAGUCACAAAAAUGUAAGAGGACACUGGACUGUGAGAAUAUUUACUUCACACAGUAUGUUCAAGGCAAUAAACAAGGCAGCCACAACGAAAAAGCAUUUGAAUGAAAUGUUUACGAGGCCGAACCCUAACGAUGACUCAUGGACACCUUUGGAAAGGGAGCCCAUGCUUUUGGAAACCGUUAGUUUCAUUUCAUCAGAUUUGCAGUUUUAUUACACUGAGCUGCAUCUCUGUGACACUGACAGAAAAUUGAAAAGGAAAAUUCUGCAAAUUACUGGAGAUUUUUCUGUUGAGUUUUUUUUUUAUAGACUCAUAAAUAGCUCACCCAAUUUCAUGUGAUUUAAGUAGUCAGUCAUGAUUAACCUUCCUAACUGCUUUUGUGUCUUGAACACAUACCUACAAAGAUAAACUUCACUUGCAAUAAUUUGCAAAAAUCUAUACACUAAAAACAAGGGUGAUAAGCUGGCCCAAUUAUGUUAUGCGUCUUUUAUGCUUCCCCAGGCAGACCAUGAAUAUGUGUGUGUGUUUGUGUCUAUUUCUUUUUUUUUUAAGUAGUUGCUAUUUAAAAUGUCAAGAUAAAUGCAAGGCAGGUAUGAUUUUGAUAAUAGCAUGUGAACGGGAGGCUCAACAGAAGCUGGCUUUGAAAUGAUGCUUAACAUUUGCUAGUCCCCACAAGGUAGCUCCUCGACGGUUGACAGCUAAUAGAAGAAUUUAAAAAUGAGCCCUUUAGAAAUUGGAGUCAAAGAAGAAUAAAUGCCAAGCACAGAGAGCACACACGUCUUCCUAGCUGAUGGAAUCCAAGCUUGUCAGAAGCACAAGAAACUGCUUGGUACACUUCUCAAAGGCUCUGAAAACAAAUGUAUUUGGUUCAUAUUUCUCUUGAGAAAAGUUUAGCAACCCGACAACGCUUUUGCUCUAAGCUUUUGUAGUAGAUUUAAGGGGAAAAAAAACAUUUCUUGUUCUCUAGAAAGUUUUCUCUUUCUGACCUGUGACAAAAUGAAGACUUUAUGUCAUAGGCAGCACGGUCCAGUUUGAUCUGGUUUUCAUUCUCCAUGGAGGUUCCGCAUUUUCUCAUGUCUCUCAACCCCCACACAGCACCCAGGAAUGUCUAAGCACAAUUUCCACAAGCAUCUUGUAAGGGGAGGGCUGAGAUUAGUCCAGGUUCUCUCUUGCCCCUAGGCCCUUUGCUCGAAGGUGAUGAAGGUGGUUUUGGUCACAGAUCCUCUCUGCUGGGGUUCUGUAACACUCUAGGAAUUAGGGGAAAACCUUUUCCAUAAUUGAGAGCAAGUGACACACCCACUUUUCAGGUUCAUCCACCUCCCAGUGGAAUGAUUUCAGUCAAAUGAGAAAGAAAAUAUGUUUGAUCUUUAAUAAUACAGCUCAUAUAAUACAGUAGAUAUAGUUUAUACUGAAGUUACAAUAUAGAUAGAUACAAGAUAGGUGCCUUUUUGAUUAUGCUUGUUUAUCAUUAUGGUCUUGGAAAGGAAACCAAGCAAGCAAACUUCUGCAUAUUCUAUAACAAUAUUUUAUGAUACAUGAUUGAUAUUUUUUAUGGUGAGAAUUGGGAUGCCCUUGACAGAAAGAUAUUACAGGUGGUAGCUGGUUGUAUUUUCCUUCUAAAGGUUUAUAAUAUUAGAAAAAUGCUGACUUACUCAAUUUUUUGAAAAGGUUUUUUUUUGUGGAUUUAUAUAUAGUCGAGAUAUAUAGCAUUAAGUUUAGGUUUGGGGUUUAAAAUACUUACAGUGAGCUAGAUUAGUUAUAUUAUGAGGCUGAAUUCCCUGCAUAAGAUAAACUGUAUGACUUGAUUAUAUUUUAACUCUUUGCUUCUGAUAAUCUGUCCGUGGAUGUGUUGCACUGAUAAUCCGAGUUAUCAUUGCAUUGUUUGGGGGUGGUUCAACAUGAUGAUAGAGCUUCAGUUAAGUAGGAAGCUAUGUAGAUGAAUUUAAAGAUGCUAAAAGUGAAAGUCUCUCUUAAGUAUUCCAUGACCCUUAGGACCUUUUGACAGGCGAGUAGCUGUCAAUAACUGAUGACCAAAGAAGUCAAGACGUUGUGUGAAACUUCUGUGGUCAUUGUUCCUGGAUGUAUAAGACCACUACAGUGGUCAUUCCUGGAAGGUUCUCUGGGCAAAUGUCCCUCCCAAUCUUCUGUAUAUCUACCAGAGCUCCAGAGCUCCCCAUGCUUCUUGUGUCUGGUGUAUUGUAUCCUGGUUGCAUAGCACACACCCACUGUUGUCAUUAUUGAUUGUUAAAGAUGAUUUCCUUUAAAAGAAAGAGAGAAAACUGCACCGCAGCAUUCUUCCUCCGUGUCCGUACAAUGAAUUGCCAAGCAUUUUGGAAGUAGCACCAAGUGUGGAACAGGCAUGAUAUUUGUGGAACUGUUGGCUUUUGACCUGUGAUAAAAACACAAAUUCGAACGAUGCAGUUUGGCUUCUGUUUGCUUUGAAAGUAUGCACAGUUGUGGCUUGUGAUUUAGUUGUAGAACUGUACUGACUUUGAGAACAUAAUGAUCUUGAAAGAAGUAUUAAAUGAUUUUUCUCCCCAAUGGAAGGGAAUCACAGAAUGAUAUACGGUUACUAGUAUAAUUUGGCUUUUGUUAUGCAAGUUGUUAACACCAGCUAUUAAAAUAUAUUUUAGUAGAAAUGCUUUAACUCAUGUCUUUUUCCUCUACACUGUGAAUCUUAAGCCUUGGUGGACCAGAGACACAUUGUGAUGUCCAAAGGACUAACCUAUGCAAAUGAGUUCACAUCUUAUAUUGAUGUCACAGUAAAGGUGUGGUGAGGCGUUAUUUCUCCUCCUAAGGUACAACAGUAUUGAAAUAACGAAGGAAGCCCGGCCUCCCAUGCACUGACUGCAGUCUCCCACAAUCCCUUCAAGGUUACCGAAAUCAUUAGCACUUAUGUAAAUCAGAGUGGUAUCAAUUGAAGCUACUUGAAUGAUUCCGGGCAGAAAAUGACAGGCAUCUUGACUGGCUUUCAUAAAACUAUGUUCUCACAUAUUCUCUGUUCAGGGUGUUGGCAUUCUGUGUCUUCUAUCUGUAUUUGUAAAGCCUUAUGAUGAAUUGAUUUCCUAUCAACACACUCGGUUUGCUUAAAUAAAUUCAGGAUGUAACACAA